GCCGGUGUCUUGGAGAUACAGACAGCGAGCUGUUGUUGAAUGCGCACUUCCCUGUGCGUUGCUGACGGCUUCAUUGCGGGAGCUCGAGCUUGGUGGGCGACUUUGGCAUCCGCAACGCCGAGUCUCGGGGUAGCCAUUGAGAAAAAGGGAGAGUGACCGGGACACCAUCAGACAUGACCCGACCACCCGGGGCCAGUGGCACGAACUCCGGCAGCAACGUCGACGUCAAUGCACCAGCACAGCAGCCAACUGCGACACCAAGCAAGCGGCCUCGGACGCAGGACCCGGAGGCGGUCGGCGAGGAGCCGGACCCGCGCGGCAGCAGCAGCCGCCGGAGCCGACGACGUGGGCGGUACUUUGGGCCGGACGGCGCGCUGCGGCCGUUCCGGCUGCUACGCGGCGACGCGGCCAGCCUGCGGGCGCGGUGGCCGUCGGACUGGACCGUCUUCAACCAGCAGGUGGUGGCGAGCGCCGUGUACGUCUUCUUCACCAACCUGCUGCCGGGCAUCACGUUUGCGGGCGACCUGGCGGUGCAGACGGGGCGGUCAUGGGGCACGGUCGAGGUGGUGCUCAGCACGGGGCUGUGCGGCGUCGUGUUUGCCGUAUUCUCGGCGCAGCCCCUGACCAUCCUGGGCGUGACGGGCCCGUUUGCCGUCCUCGCCGAGAACAUUUACAAGCUGUGCGAGACGCGCUUCCAGGUCGACUUCCUGGCGCUCAUGGCCUGGACGCUCAUCCACGCCGGAUGGAUGCACGUGCUGCUAGCGGCGCUCAACGCGCACGACUGGACGAUGCGGUACGUGACGCACUUUAGCGCCGACAUCUUUUCGCUGCUCAACAGCGUCAUCUACGUGCACAAGGCGGCGCUGGAGCUGCAGCGGGAGCACGCACGCGCCCGCUCCCGCGCCGCCACCUCCUCCUCCUUGGGCCCGGACAACGGCGGCGAGGGCAUCGAGGCGGCCCUCGCGCCGUUCCUCUACGCCGUGCUCGGCGCCGCGGGCACCUGCCUGCUCGCCGUGCUGCUCUCGACGGCACCGUCGUCGUGGGCGCCGCUCCUCCCGCGCUGGCUGCGCGUCGGGCUGGGCGAGUACGCGGCCGCGCUGUCGGUGCUGCUCUGGGUGGGCGUGCCGCACGUGGGCGACCUCGUGGCACUGGACCACGCGCGGCUCGAGGUGCAGGGCGAGUCGCUGCGGCCGUCGGCGUGGCCCGCGCGCGGGGGCUUCGUCGUCGAGUUCUGGCGGCUGCCCGUCGGGUGGGUGUUCCUGGCGGCGGUGCCGGGGGCCAUCGUCACGGUGCUCUUCUUCUUCGACCACGAGAUCAGCAGCAUCAUCUGCGCGAGCCGCGGCCGGUACGGCGUCCGCAAGCCCGGCGGGUUCGCGUGGGACGUGGCGCUGCUGGGCCUGACGACGGCCGUGUGCGGCGUCGUGGGCAUCCCGCCUGCCAACGGGUUGCUGCCGCAGGCGCCGCUGCACACCGAGUCGCUGCUGUACCGUCGUGUCGAUGGCCGUGGCGAUGCUGUCGACGGCGAUGAUGACGAUGAUGAUGACGAGGAGGGGGAGGAGGAGGAGAGGAGUGACGUGCCUCGGGGCGUCGAUGAUCCAGAGCAGCAGCAGCCCGUGCGCCCCGCGGCCUCGUCAACACCAUCACCACCAUCACCACCAUCACCACCACCACCAUCCCCAUCGCCACCCGCGGCACGCACGCGCACGCGCACGCACGAGCAGCGCUACUCGCCGCUCCUCCAGGCCGCCCUCAUCCUGGCCUUCAUCGCCCCGCCCCUGCAGCGCGUGCUCGGGCUGACGCCCACGUCGGUCCUCGCGGGGCUGUUCCUCUUCAUGGCGUACCAGUCGCUGCGGGCCAACCCGAUGCUCGCGCGCGUCGGGCACCUCGUCACGCCCCCGUCGGCCCUGCCUCCGCUCGACAGCGGCAACGGCAACGGCAAGGUCUCGUGGCGCGGCGUCCACGCCUUCACCGCCGCGCAGCUGCUCCUCACGGCGCUCGUCUUCGGCGUCACCCUCACCGUCGCCGCGCCCGCCUUCCCGCUCCUCGUCGUCGCCCUCGUGCCGCUCCGCCUCACCGUCAUGCCGCGCCUCUGGUCCCGCGAGACGCUCGCCCAUGUCGACGCGUGGGCGUGCCGCCCUGGCCGGCCCGAGGACGUGCGCGGUUGCCGCUCCUCAUCCCCGUCGUCCCCCUCCUCCUUGUUGCCCUCCCCCUCCUCCUCCUCACGAGGCAGAGCCAGAGACGGAGAGGGGCCCAGCGGCAAGACAACCGCGGGUGCUGCUGCGACCGGCCAUUCGCCACCGGCAGCGUCGGCGGCGGCCUGUGACACCCCCGCGACGCAUGAACCGUCCGCCCCAGGCGCAGAGAAGGGACCCCGGAGCGGCUGA